GAAUCUGCGAUCUACGAGAAACUUCCCGAGAAAGUGGGGCUUGGGGUUAGGAGAAGGGAAAGAGUUGGAAAAAGGAUUAUAAAGGGUUGGUUGUAGAAUUUGCAUUGUUGUUGGCUGUUCUGUUGUGGUCUUGUUGCGAUCAAGUCAAGACGACGAAGAGAGGGAUUGAGAUAGAAACAGAAAUAGACAUAUCGUAUAGAAUAAUAGUUAUUAUUUCUUGAUUUAAAGAGAAGAAUAUAAGGAGGAGGAGAGAGUAUUAGGUGUAGGAGGGAUAGUAGUACUAGAAGGGAGAAAGUAAUGGAGGACGGAAGAGCAGUGUCGUCGUCUUCGUCGUCGGCGAAGGCGGCGGCGGCGGCGUUGUCGGAGAAGGGGCAGGGGACGUCGUCGUAUACGUACUGGGUGAGGGAAGUAACCAAGGAUGCUGCUCCUCUUCCUGUUCCUCGCAAGCUCACUCCUCACGACAUCAUUUCCUCCCAAUCUCAACCCCCUACCCUCGGUUCUGUCUGGAAUCGGGCUGGAACUUGGGAAGAGAAGAACCUUAAUAAAUGGGCAACCGAUAGAAUGAAGGAGUUGCUCCUUUCGCUUGGUUCCUUGGAGUUCUCAGGUGGCAAAGCCGACAUAUCAGAUGUAUCAAAAUGUGUGGGUGAUGCAUUCUUGGUGACUGUCAGAAGCAAGAAACGUUUUGGCUAUACCUAUGAGCUAACUUUGAAAGUAAAAGGGGAGUGGAUUAUUAGAGAGGAGAAAAAGACGGUCAAGGGCCAUAUUGAUAUUCCAGAGUUUUCAUUUGGUGAGCUAGAUGACUUGCAGAUGGAAGUAAGAUUGAGUGAAGAGAAGGAUCUUCUGCAUCAAGAUACGUUGCGAAUCAAACAGGAUUUGAAGCUAUUUUUGCAGCCUGUGCGUGAAAAGCUACUUCAGUUUGAGGAGGAGCUGAAAGAUAGAUAAAAGGUUCAGUACUCUGCAUCAGUUUUUCCGUGGUUAAGAACAAUGGUUAUUUAUUGUUUCAUUUGAUGAACUGUAAUUGUAAUUUUCUUAUUUUUAAAUGGGCUACUGCCAUUUCUAAUAUAUGUGUUGAAAAAUUAAAGAGUGGCUUGGAGGUGAAGGCUUCUCCACUGACCUUAGAAGUUUUACUAUUUAGACCAUAUGCCCAUAAAACUCAUUGAAUGAUUUGCAAUCUCCAUUUAGCAAGACCGUAAGAGUGUAAGUGUUUUUAUUUUUUGAUUAAACAGUAAGACUGAAGUAUUGUGCCUUUUUUCCGUCAUUACUUUGAUGACUUUCGUAUUAUCGGUGAUUUCAAUCUGUA